AACAGAUCCAAAUACAUUAUAAUUGUAUCCCGGAGCAUAUCAGAGUAUGUCUGCAAGUCCAGCCGUCCGAGAAGAAGUUCAUAACGCUUGAGCCGCACUGGGAGCUCGGGUUUCUUCGCAGUAGAGAGCAGCAGACUUUGUUCAUUGCCCAUCACCUGUCAAUUAUUACGUGUCAUUAGGUGCAGGUGUGCCCACAUCGCCAAGCCAUUUCGUCGAAUACAUAAGAAGGCAAGAACAUCACUUGCCAUCUGCACCAUCCCACCCUCCCUGAGCAGCAGCAGCAAGCAGCCGUCCAAUCUGGAUAGCCCUGAGAAUUGACAAUCUUCCCAGCCGCCAGCACCCAACCUGGCAGCUCCCGGCCUGCACCGAGGGCCUGAGGACAGCCUGGCUUGUCUUCUGACAGCCGGCUAGACAGACAGGACUCUGCAGUCUCAGCUCAGAACCCAGGUGUCAGCGCUGGCGGAGGGCAGGCCACAAUCAUGGCAGCAGUGAACAGGAUGCAGAGCCUGCUGUCGGGAAUGGCGCGCAGCGCAGACUCCAAGAGUGACAGCGCUCCCCCCAGUCCAGUGGUCGGCCUGCGCAAGUCUGUGUCAGGCACGGACAUGAUGGGGGGUGGAAACGGCGCGCACACUCCGCUGCAGACGCCGUUCGACCGCAAGAAGGCGGCCGCCAUCGGCCUGCGCAAAUGGGUGCGCUUCGCCAAGAACGGCGACACCACAAUCAUGCAGGCGGACAAGCACGAGAUCACUCAGCAGCUGGGCGUGCAGCUGCGCGACCUGAGGCUGCUGGACCCGCAGCUUCACGCCAGCUACCCGUCCGCGCUGCUGUGCCGUGACAAAGCAUUAGUCGUCAACCUGGAGCACAUCAAGUGCAUCAUCACCAAGGAUGAGGUCCUGGUUCUCAACGCAGACGAAGAGAGCGUGGUGGCGUUCAUAGAGGAGCUGCAGCGCCGCCUGGCGCCGGCCGACUUUGGUGGCGCCAAGUCGGGGGCCUUUCUGCCGAGCUAUCACUCCAGCCCAAAUCUGGCCGCAGCAACCGCCGCAGCCGCCGCCGCGCAUGCGCAUGCGCAGCAGGGUACGGGGGAGCACGGCUCGCCGUUCGAGCUUCGCGCUCUUGAGGUGGCACUGGAUGUGGUGGCGACCACACUGGAGAGGCAGGCUGUGGACCUGGAGGCUGCAGCCCACCCUGCACUGGACGAGCUGACUGCAAACGUGAGCACGGCCAGCCUGGAGCGCGUGCGGCGCAUAAAGAACAGGCUGGUGCGGCUGACGACGCGCGUGCAGACGCUGCGCGAGAUGCUGGAGAAACUCAUGGACGAUGAUAGCGACAUGCACGCCAUGAACCUCACCGCGCGCGCGCAGGACCAGCUCGAGCGCCAGAUCUCGAUGCGCGCCAGCCUGGACGGGGGAAUGAUGCGCGAGAGCAUGGGAGGAACGCCCCUGUCGCCCAAGCACAUCGAUGACCAGGCUGAGAGGGAUGAGGAGGAAAUAGCUGAGGUGGAGAUGAUCCUGGAGACCUAUUUUAUGCACGUCGACAACACCUUCAACAAGCUGCAGACGCUCUGCGAGUACAUCGAUGACACCGAGGAUUACAUCAACAUUGAGCUUGAUAACCACCGAAACCAGCUCAUCAGGCUGGAGCUUCUGCUGACGGCUGCUACUCUGUGCGUGGCGAUAGUAGGAGUCAUCAGCGGCAUCUUCGGCAUGAACCUGCAUAACACCCACGAGGAUGACUACCAGGCCUUCGUCCUGGCGCGUUCCCUGACCCUCCUUGUGUCGUCCCUGUCAUCGGCCAUCGCCGUGCUGAUCUUCAUAGCCAUCGUGGUCUUCUGCCGCUGGAAGAAACUCUUCUAAACCAGAAUUUUCAACAGGUGGCUACGUGAUCAUUUUUGCAUUUCUGGCUCACAAGCCAGGUGCUGCUGGCUUGCCUUGCUCCCAAGCAGCUGCCGCUGGGGUCUUAUCUGUGGUCGCUGAAAGCAGGCUUCUGCCCUGGAAUUCCUACUUACUAUUUACCACGACUCUGCGCUUGCACGGAAAUGGGCACCGCCUUCCGUUGGUUCGGGGGUGUCAUUCAGGGCAGGAAGCCUGGAGCUUUCCUGAGG